AUGGGUGCAGACGCGUUACCAGUAUCUCCGGCGCUUCGAAAAAAGGUGUUGAAGGUGUUGUUCAUUUCUCUGUUACUCGACCUGAUAUCCUUCACAUUUAUUCUCCCUCUCUUUCCCAAGCUCCUUGAGUUCUACCGCAAUCACGAGACCGGCGACCAGAACACGGUCCUCUCGAAGAUCCUCGCAGGUCUGAAUGCAUACAAGAACUCGUUUGCGAAACCCAUCGUCUCUCGCUACGACAUCGUCCUGCUCGGCGGAGCGCUCGGAUCUCUCUUCUCACUGUGCCAAGCUGUUGCCUCACCAGUGAUUGGAACCCUCUCGGACAAAUAUGGCAGACGAACAGCUUUGCUGUGGUCGAUGGCCGGCAACGUGCUCAGUGUUGCGCUCUGGGUCGCAGCCACAGACUUCCGCACGUUCCUCGCGAGUCGUAUAGUAGGAGGGCUGAGCGAGGGCAAUGUGCAGCUCGCCAUGGCGAUAGCAACAGACAUCAGCGACGAGAGCCAGCGAGGCGCGACUAUGGCGCUUGUGGGCGUGUGCUUUAGCAUCGCUUUCACAUUCGGUCCAGCGCUGGGCGCAUACCUGUCGACUCUACAUGUCAUGGACAAGAACCCGUUUGCCAUGGCUGCUGGUUUCUCGCUGUUCCUGAUCGUGACCGAGUCUGUCUACUUGUACUUCUGCCUCCCAGAAACCCUCCCCUCGGCGACGACUUCCACCACAAACGGCAAAGCCAACGGCCACGCAAAGGCUGAUGCGCCGAAAUCGCACGUCCGAACCAACUCUCAUACCCUUCUCAACGCCACGCACUUCACCUUCAUUCUCUUCUUCAGCGGCAUGGAGUUCAGUCUGCCGUUUAUGACCUACGACCUCUUCUCUUACGAAGCCAAAGACACCGGCCGUCUCCUCGGCUUCAUUGGCCUCGUGGCGUCGCUGCUCCAGGGUUCCGUGGUCAGGCGCAUGCACCCAUUGAAGGUCGUGCAGAUGGGCGUCAUAGCCUGCACGAUUGCGUUUGCAAUUCUGGGCCGAGUGCAGACCCAAGGCGCAUUGUACGGCGCUGCGGCGUUACUUGCAGUCACCAGCGCAACAGUUGUCACAGGGUUGAACAGUCUCAGCAGCUUCGAGGCGAGUGCUGGUGAGAGGGGACAUAAGCUAGGAAACCACAGGAGUUUCGGACAAGCUGGCCGCGCCCUCGGGCCUUUGAUCUUCUGCUCACUAUACUGGUGGGCAGGACGCGAAACUGCAUACGCAACUGGCGCCGCAGGUAUGGUUGCCGUAUGCGCACUCGUCUUUGGUGGCCUGAAAGUACCGCCCGGCACGGAGAACAUUGGCAAGAAGCCCAAGAAGGUCGCAUCGUAG